GCUAGAACAGGAAAGUUCGGUGUCAAAAUUCUUCUUUCACUUUGAAGAGGUCGCGAUUGCAACGCCAGACGAAAAUAGCGAGGAUACUUAGGUGCAGCGAAUGAGUUUUGCGCUUCAGUUUCCCACAAUAUCGUUUUUGUAAUUUGAAACCGAAUUAGAGAUGUUCAUUAUCGUGAAUCGCUGGGGAGCCUCACUAACACUUCCUGCGGCCAUCCUCUGUGCGGUCUUCUACUGGUUUUCAUUCCACAAUUCGAAUUACACAGUAACAGUACUUGAUGAUGCUUUUCAAUGGAAUAUAACUGAGGACACGUCAAAGAUUAUAGCCCAAAAUCUGGCAUUCUAUAAGAUAGCAACGGCAGUAGCCAAGAUGAAGGGAGCUGAUAUUAUAGUCUUCCCAGAAUAUGGUAUAUUACCUCCACUAACACGAAAGAAGUUAAAACCAUAUUUAGAAGUGAUUCCAGAUCCGAAAGAAGUUAAGAUCAAUCCUUGCAAUGAAAGGAGAGAAUAUCAGAAUCGACCUAUUCUUUACACUUUGAGUUGCAUGGCUCAACAAAAUGAAGUUGCUAUAGUAGCUAAUUUAGGAGCCAUCCAGACCUGUGGAGGAGAGGAUAGAUGUCCUGAAGAUGGAUCUUUUUAUUUUAAUACUAAUGUCGUUUUUGACAAAAAUGGCACAUUGCUUGUGCGAUAUUAUAAGGAAUAUCUGUUCUAUGAAAUCGAUAUGCAUCUGCCAAUACAACCUCAAAACUCUGUAUUUAAAACAGAUUUUGGAAUUUUCGACACUUUCAUUUGCUUCAAUUUCGAAUUUGCAAAAAUGGCUGAAGUAAUUCAACGGGAAGAUUCUGAAGAAGUUGCUUUAUCUACUAAGGUGAAUGCUAGUCUUCACAUGCCAUUGGUCGAGAUUUGGGAAUCGCAGCCUCAAGAAAACAGCGGUACACUUUUAGUAGGCAAUAUCCAGCUUCCAGGUUAUUUGGCAGUGGGUAAUGGGAUAUUUAGCGGAGCCAAUGGGCCUUUGGCGUACCGCUUCGAUCCAGAUGGCGUGUCAAAACUGGUUGUCGCCACAAUUCCGAGAAGGGUUUACAGUUCUACUGUAUCGUCACCGAGUGGUAGUAUUACACAGUUUACUUUAAACAGUACUGAAGGAUCAGAGAAUGAUGGAUCAAAUAUCUCUAAGAUAUGUUCUUGGAGAGCUUUAGGUGAAGCAAAGGGCAUUUAUAAAGAUAACAAAUGUCACGAAACGAGUACGUCAAAUAAUUUCUUUGUUAAGUUAAUAAAUGACAGCGAUCACAUUAAAGCAUGUAUUAAUGGUGUAUGUUGCUCGCUUAAAUAUUCUUCUAGUGGCAUGGCGGAAAAUUUUUACUUAAUAACAUACAAUGGCACAAUUGAUUAUUACAGUCAUUAUUCCAUUUGUGAGCAGACUUGCAUCUUGGCAAGAUGCGAACCAAAUGGGACAAAUCCUUGCGCAUUUUUCCCGUUGAAGUCCAAAACUUUAUUCUACAAUGUCCAGUUAACAACUUACUUCUCUAGUAAAUAUAUAUAUCCGUCUGUUGUGAGUAAUGACAUGAGGUUAACCUCACUGAAUAAGUGGAAUUACGGAGUUCAUCAGACAUCAUCUUCUGAUAUUUACAAAGGUUACAUCAAUUUCAAAAGCACUUCAGGAGAAGCAUUGACAUUUGCAGGUUUAAGAAGUCGUUGCCGUGAUCGAAAUCUUCCAUACAUUUUUUAAACUUGCAUUUUUACAUUUCUUUGUUACAGGAUUGAUUCCUCUUUUUCUAGUUUUUAGCGAAAGAAAUAAAAAUAAAAUUAAAAGUGUU